AUGCCAGAUGCAGGGGUGCCGUUCCGGUCAAGACAGCCGGAAGUCGACUUCCUGGUAGUAGCAAGCUUGACUGCCGUCCAUACGAAGAACCAGUCGCCCGAGCCCGCUAUUGCACCCGACACUACUGUCCUCCCGCAACAUCACAAUGGAGCGUCCCGACGACCCAGGUAUCUUGGACUUGAACAAUACAAUGGAAACAGCUCAGCAUCCAUCCGCUCGAAUGCACAGAAGUGA